CUGAGAGUUGAGGGGAGGGCGAUGACGACGGGCGUGAGUGUGAGGGGUAGGUCGGUUGGCGCGAGCGUGAGGGGUAGGUCGGUUGGCGCGAGCGUGAGGGGUAGGUCGGCCGGCGAGAGCGUGAGGGGUAGGUCGGCCGGCGCGAGCGUGAGGGGUAGGUCUGCGGGCGCGAGCGUGAGGGGUAGAUCCGUCGGUGUGAGAGCUCAAAGGGGUAGGUCGGUUGGUGUGAGGGGUCAGAGAGGAAGAUCGGUCCGCGUCAGGGCUCGGAGGGCUCAAUCGGUGGGCGACGACGAUCGUGGCCGUUCACUGGGUCGCGACGGUUCUCAGAGCCGAUCCAAAUCUCCUGAGGGUUUUUCGGUGCUUGGUGCACCGUGGAGGACUCUGAAGUUAACAAAGUUUGCUGAGGCCAUGAGGCAUGCCAAUGAGAGGAGGAAGAUGGUUCAAAAAGAAAGGAAGGAAGGAAAGUAUUUUGGGAUUGCCAUGAAGGAUUUUGAACAAACAACGGCUGAGGGGACGGCGAUGCCACCACACAUGGAGCAGUUCUGGGCUGUUCCUGCUGCAGCUGUGAUAGGCUGUGCUGGUGGGCAGGGUAAUGAUUCUCCAGAGAAGACUGGUGCGCAGGGUAAUGAUUCUCCAGAGAAGACUGGUUCUGCAUCGCCAGAUAUGUUCAACUUCGACAAAAAACAAGAUAUUUUCGACUAGUCGAAAACCUUGUUGGUUUGUAAUAGAAAGUCUGGCAUAAGCUGUCAAUACCAGUAGUGGUUAUAGAAAUGCUUCUAGGAAUUUUUCGAUUUUAUAUUCCAUAUGGUGUAAUGCAAUUCACAGUAUCAUUGAUGUCUUAAUGUUUCUUGAUUUUAGAUGAAUGCAAGCCCUAAUCUGGCAUGGUUUUGUAUGAUCGAUGUUAGGGGCAGAGUGGGACAAGCACUCUGCUGAUUUGAUGCGAGUGUGGUUCUGGAGUUUGGUGCUGAUUAGUAAUUGUUCUGGAAGUAGCUGUGCUGGGUUUUUUUUUUUUUUUUUAAUUGUGGAAUUUGAGGAGUUAAACAAGUGUAGUGCAAUUAGUGAGA